AUGUGUCUGCAGCCAUGCUCACUAAACGACUUCGUGGACUAUCUUGUCUACGUCGAGCAGGACGCGGAACCGCUGCAAUUCUUCCUAUGGUACUGCGGUUACGUCCACUCGUGGACGACUCUGGCGCCCGAGCAGCGAGCUCUUGCGCCGCGAUGGGAUCCGGACCGCGGCAGGAAGCUCACUUCCAAGGAGAGGAGGGCCAAGAACUCGAGUAAAGUGAGCAACAUUCUCGAGAUGCUCGACGAGGAUAGCAGCUACGCCCAGGUCAAAGCGGGAGGGAACCAUACGCGGAACACAUCUUCGGCGACGAACUUUUCUCACCCUAGAGCAACUGGUCUCAGAGAUGGUGAAAAGGAAGAGGUGGAAGAGGGAACAGUACCGCAAGCACCAGCAUCAUCACAGCCCUUCCGCGCAGAUAUCGACGCCAUAACAAAACACUAUAUUCACGCCGACGCCCCGCGCCGCCUGAACCUCACCAAAGACGACCGCACCGCCGUCCUCAAAGCGACAUCCUCGACAACGCACCCGUCCGCCCUCCUCCCGGCCUUUGAAAAAGCAGAGGCCCUGCUCCGCGGGAAGCUCCACCCGGAUUUCAUCCGACACAGCAUGGCCAACGCGAACCGCGCCGCAACGCACCUCCUCCGCCUCCUCGGUCUCGUGCUGCUCACCCUAGGCCUCGGCCUCGACGUCGCCCUCAUCCUGUCCUCGUUCUCGCGGUACUACCGCCUCCUCUCCACGCCCAUGAUCUUUUUUGGUUUAGCGAUCCUCGUCGCCGCCCUCGACGGCGUCUCGUUGUCGCUCCACCUCGCGCGCAGACGACACGUGCGGCCGUGGGAGGUCCCGGACCUAGAAGCCGGCAGGGGUGGCAACGGUGCCGGCAUGAUGCACAAGAACAAGAAGGAGAGGGUCCCCCACCGCCGCGCCGCGACGAGCGAGAGCGUCACGGGCGCCGUCGACCCCCUCCGCAAACCCGCGCUCUCGACGCUCGGCGCGGGGAAUUAUUCGAGUUUCCGGGGCGAGGAGUGGGUUUCCGCGUACGAGUCCCGGUGGCUGUGGCGGCGCGUGUUCGAGCGCAGCCGGGCGAGCCGGAACAAGCACCUCCGGAUCCUGCAGGACGGCGUCGUUGCGGGCGCGGUGUUGUGGGCUUCGUUGGCGACGAUUGGGGUUGGUGUUGGGUCGGUUUUUAUACCCUCGUAUCAUUUGUUUUGA